AUGAUCCAGCAAGCUACGGCGCCCUUCCCUAAUGAGGAUAGCAUCCUGGAUAAGCUCACAGAUCAGGCCAUGCCGGCUGAUGAUGCUCUCCUGCUGGCUGACGAGCUUUCCUGCGCUAUGCUGGACACGCUACAUCCGCACCUCGAUCUCAUCUCCCGAAAAUCCAGUUCAAAUAUCGAUGCUCUCCACGUUCACCUUCGUAAGCGACGCGCCGUCACAAUUGCUGAACAAGCCCGCCUCCACCUCGUCUGGCAUUUUGACGCAGUCUACCUGAAGCCACUCCCGGUUUGUCUCCUUAGCUCCGACUUCUGGGAGCUCCAUCUGCCGCCUGGUAGCCACACCCGGCCCCGGGCACUCGGCUUCAUGCGGACCUACGCUUACCUCAUCCGCCACCGAUCCGACUUCCAAAUCGCCCAGAGGGAGGAUCUGAUCCCGCCGUCAGGGAAACUCCUACACGGGGAAUUCGAGGCCUUUAUUCGAUAUUUCCGCAGUAUCCCGGAUGAUCAGGUGUCACCUCGGUGGGAGUUUGGCCAGCUCCGUCUGAGCUGGUUGGACUGGGCUGUCAGAAUAUUCCAACCGAAAGUCCCGGGGAUAGAAGGGCCCAUGCUGAGAAGACUGUUCUAUGAGGAGCCCUACCAGCAGACGGGGCAGUUCGUUAGGGAAUUCGGAGCUCCGCUUCUCUUCAUCUUCGCAGGGUUGUCUUUAAUUCUGUCAGCGAUGCAGGUCAUCCUAGCGGCACGGCCCGACGACCCUUGGCCAGGGUUUCCAUUGGUUAGUGCUGGGUUCUCGGUGGCUAUCAUUGUCUUGCUGGUUGCUAUCAUCUUUGUUCUGCUAGUCGUGGUGGGAGUGGUGUUGACCCUUCAAUUGGGGUUUGCACUGAGAGCUCGAAAGAAACGAGGGAAUCAGGUACUUGGGUAA